AGCUGUAAUUCUCUGUCAAUAGGGGAGCUUAUCUGUGACAGAUGGCUGUGUGUAUCAGCAUAACUUUUCUCUCCACAUCUUUUCAGUGGAAUCUGAAAUGUUAGCAUCUGUGAGGCAAGUUCUUCAAAAUACGAAGAUGGAUAGGGGAAUGUCUCUAUCAAGCAUGGUUGAGAACAGAACUUGGGCAUGUGGCAAAGAUCUAAAAAAUGAAGGAGGAGAGCUCUGCAUGAAGAGGGGAGGCAUUGUUCCCUCUUCUGUUGUUCUGACUGCUUUCCAAGUGAUGUCAAGGGUUUUCCUGACGUGGGCAGUAACACAUAGUGUGAAAGAGGUACAAACUGAAGAUAGUGUCCUGUUGUUUGUGGUGGCCUGGACAAUCACUGAGAUAAUCCGUUAUUCUUUUUAUACUUUUAGCUUGUUAAACCAUCUCCCUUAUCUCAUCAAAUGGGCCAGGUACACUUUGUUUAUAAUAUUGUAUCCAAUGGGAGUCUCAGGUGAAUUACUCACAAUAUAUGCUGCAUUACCCUUCGUCAGGCAGUCUGGCUUGUAUUCCAUUAGUUUACCUAACAAGUACAAUUUUUCUUUUGACUACUAUACAUUCCUGAUCCUGGUUAUGAUCUCUUACAUUCCAAUCUUUCCUCAGCUGUAUUUUCAUAUGCUACAUCAGAGGCGAAAGGUACUUUCCCACACUGAAGAACACAAGAAGUCGGAGUAAUUCCAACUCUUUUUCAGAACUUUUCAAACAUCAAAAUGCUGCAGAUUUUCAAUACCCAGCACAUUUAUAAAGAAUAUACCAAGAUAAAAUAAGUCAGAGGUAAAAGACCAAUAACUUAGCAAGAAUAACCAAUAAAUCUGAUUUCAUGGAAAUUCCACAAUGUAAAACAUUGAAAUAAUUUUCAGCUUGCAGUGCUUCAGAAAACUUUUAAACUUUAUACGGCUUGGCAGUUAGCCUUUUCCUUUUUCUUAAAUGAUGUGCUAAAUGGUUUUCAUUUAUUACUAAAUGCCUGAAGGUUGCAGUAUGAGUGAUGAAGUUGUACCCACUAAAUGCUUGAAUUGGGGUUAUAUUACUGAUACGUCUUUUUUUUAAGUGCUUGACUGCAUGCCAGAAACUGUAUGUAUUGCUGUGAAAGCAAACAAUAUGCUCUGGAAUACUUUAGGAUUUUGUCAGACUCCAGUGGAGAAUGUAAUCCAGCCAAAGUGUUUGAGUUGAAAAAGGUAGGUUGUGUAUUUAAAAGAUGAUGGGAACAAGAACAGGAAACCAAUUAUGGGAAAUUAGGGGAAUGUGGUUCUUUAGGAAUUUAAGCAGUAAGGUGUCUGACCAGAGUCUGUUCUCUGAAGAUCUUGUUUAAGCUGAUUACUCAAAUGCUAAUGUUAAUUCAGAGGCUGUAAUGCUUAUCUGAAACAUUAAAACUCCUCUAAGUACUGCAUCCUGGAUACUUUUUUAAACAU